CAGUGGAUCACCGAUCAACAGAAAGAGCCAAAGAUGUCGGCUCGGUCAUGUGAUCAGCUGUGUCCAAUCACAGCUGAUCGCAUGGCACUGAUGAUCAGUGUGCCCUGAUGAUCUGUGUAGCCCCAGCAGUGCCACCUGUCAGUGUCCAUCAGUGCCAGUUGUCAGUGCUCAUCCAUGCCACCUGCCAGUGCCCAUCAGUGCCACAUCAAUGCCACAUUGCAAUGCCUACCAAUACACAUCAAUGCCACAUAUCAGUGCCCAUCUGAGCUGCCUAUUCAGUGUCACCCAUCAGUGCCACCCAUCAGUGCUGCCAAUCACUGCCACCUAUCAUGCCAGUCAGCCGUCAGCGCCGCCUAUCAGUGUGCAUCAGUG